GCACUUGCAGAUCAGUUCAGUUCAGUUGUAUUAAGCAAAUUGUCGAAAACGGAAAUGUCGCCCAUCAAGUUCGUAUCAGUGUUAUUCAUCAGCUCUGCAUUGCUGUUAAUUGCACAUGGAAGACCGCUGGACGAAUUCAGCAGUGAAGAUGAUCGCAUGAAUGAGAUUAGCGCUGAAUUUAUCAGAAAACGGAUUAUGUCAGAUGUGGACCGCAUAUUCAGCAGUGCCGAAAUUCAAAAGUCAAAGGGUACAAAUAAAAUUAAGAGAAACAACGCAGAGACUACCAAGAGUUCCAAGCAUGCUCAUGGCAUGAUCACAUCCAUGCUGAGCUUCGUCAGCAAUGUUUUUAACUUUGGCAAAACAAUGAUACGUAACGAAUAAUUAAAUAUAUUUUUAGAUUUAUAAGUAAAAAUCGUUUAAGAAUCUUUGCACCCAAAUGUAAUUAGAUGUACAGGUUAAACUACCCCUAGAAAUAAAGUUAGUAUUAACUCCAAAUACACAUAAUUCGUAUACCAUU